UAGAUACAUAAUUUCUUUUUAUAUAUGUCACUAUGUCACUAAUAAGAUGGCUUCCCGGAAAAGACAAACACGAUUCUCGCGAGUAUGAAAAGGACUGCCACAAUUUGCGCGAGAGCUCCCGGGAUCUCCACGCCUUCAGGCUACACCAUACGCUGGCUGUGUUGAUACGUUUUGUUUUUGUGUGUGUUUGUCGGUAAAAUACGUUUGGAAUUCGGAGACACCGCUGCCCCCGUGCUUUGUUCGGUAAAUAAACAUCUUUACAUGUUAGUAGUCAAGCGUCAGAGAAAAUUGUCUUGAAAAAUAAGAAUUUGAUCAACCACGAAGAUGUCAACAACCGAAAACAAGAAUACAAACAGCACAGAGUCGUGGGGAGGCUUCGAUGACAACCCGAUUCAGGGUGGUGGCUCCGCGGUGAUCGACAUGGAGAACAUGGACGACACCUCAGGGUCGAGUUUCGAGGACAUGGGGGAUAUGCAUCAGCGAAUGAAAGAGGAAGAGGAGGUGUCGGAGGAGGCUGCGGCGACAGAGGAAGGGGAUGACGGAGAGUUCUUAGGCAUGAAGGGGGUCAAGGGGCAGCUCAGCCGGCAGGUUGCCGAUGAGGUGUGGCAGGCCGGUAAGAGGCAGGCAUCAAAGGCUUUUAACCUGUAUGCCAACAUCGACAUCCUCAGACCCUACUUUGAUGUUGAGCCUAUCCAGGUCAGGAACAGGUUAUUGGAGUCUCUGAUACCCGUCCGAAUAAUUAACUUCCCACAGAAAAUUGCUGGAGAACUGUAUGGCCCCCUGAUGCUUGUUUUUACAUUGGUUGCCAUUCUCCUGCAUGGAAUGAAGACUUCUGGAACUGUCAUCAGAGAAGGCACAUUGAUGGGCACAGCUAUAGGCACCUGUUUCGGAUACUGGAUUGGCGUCUCCUCCUUUAUCUAUUUCCUGGCGUACUUGUGCAAUGCUCAGAUCACCAUGCUGCAGAUGUUGUCACUUCUGGGUUAUGGUCUGUUCGGACACUGUGUUGUUCUCUUCGUGACCUACAGUGUUCACUUCCAUUCUCUGUUCUACAUCCUGUGGUUGGUCAUUGGAGGACUGUCAACAUUACGUAUGGUUGCUGCUCUGAUUUCCCGCACUGUGGGGCAUACACCACGUCUCAUCCUGUGUGGGACAGUCGCCACUCUGCACAUGCUGUUUUUACUUUACCUGCACUUUGCCUAUCACAAGAUUGUCGAAGGUAUUUUGGAUACCCUGGAAGGCCCCAACGUGCCCCCGAUUCAGCGAGUUGCACGGGACAUCCCUGAAGUUUCAGUGGCCCUGGUGAAUGCCACAGUAAAGAUGAUCGGCAUCACUCUGCAGUCCCAUUAAUAACAAAACGAACUCUAGAAACUGCACAAGCAAUGAUUAACAGUCCAUCUUUGGCAAAGGGCAGAGUUCAGUUCAAAGCUGUUUUUGUUCUUAUUCCUUGACUUACUUUUAUUUCAUGUUGUUUUAAUGGUUAACCUCUUUCUGGUAAACAUCUAAUAAGCAACAUCUUCAUUUUAUAUUUGAAAAUAAAUUAUGUAAGGGUUUUUUAGUGCAGUGUAAGAGGUCAAAAGAAAACUUAAUAAACCAACAGCCAUCUGUAUUGAAAUCAUAAGCUAUUCCUAAAUUCAUCAGUCUUCACUGCCCUGUGAUGUGCUACGGGUUGCUUAAUUCGAUAUGUUUCUGUAAUGCUUCACUCACACAUCGGUAUAACUGUAAAUUGAAACUAUUGAUCAGCAUGGUAGCUUUCCAUCAGCCUGGUAGCUUUGCAUCAGAGCCUUACCCCAGGGCUUGACAGUGGGUCAUUAGAGAGCAAGACACAUAUGUGAUAAUGUAAUCUCACACCAUUCCUAGGUCCGUUAUGUUAUGUUAUUUUACUUGAUUUUUUUCAUGUAUUAAAAAAAAAAAAGUGUAUUGAUUAGGGGUCUGUUAUUAAAUUAGAUUUGUUAGACAAACAAAAAAAUAUUUCAGGAUCUAGAUGUAACUUCUUUUUAUGGCAUUGAUAUACAGAGAUCAAGUCAGUGUCACGUCUCAAUGGCUCCCAGCAUCUUCCAUUGAACUGCAGUGUAUUAAUGGGAACUGUGCUGCAGUUAUGGUGCAACGAUCUCCAGUUACUUCCCUGUAGUUUCAUAUGGAUUCCCUGUUGAAUUGGGUCUUCGUUCAUAGCUUGGGAAUGGGGUUAUGUUAAUAUUGGAUUGUACAUUAAUGUUCCUUUAUCAUGGGUUUACUUUUUUUCUUAUAUAUUAUAGUUAUUGUACAGAAAAUAAAAAAAUAAAAUAUUCAAGAAGUUUGA